UCUUGCUCCCUCUCUGUCUCUGACGCUCGCGGAGGAUCUUGAAAGCAGCAGUGACAGCAGCUCACGCGGAGCCGGUCAGCUCCACAUAUUGGGAUCUUCACGGGAGAACGUGCGCUAAAGCAGCGACCGUGGGCUGUUAUCUAUCGCCGUGUUAACCUCCUGUUUUCAGAGAGAUACGGGGGUUAUUUUUAGCUUUAUUACUGGAUUUAGAUACCAAAAACACUUGCUAGUAAAAGGCGUGAGGAAGACUUCAUAAAAAUGCUGAUUCAGUGGAGGUGGUUGCAGGGCGCUCGCUAGGUCCCAGCUGUCUGUCCAGGCAGGCAUGGAACGAGAGGGUUCAUUUAGGAGGAGCCUCCACAGUAAGCUUAGGUUAGGAGGCGGCUCGUCCUCCAGCCUCACUGACCUCUCGCAGGCGAAAACUACAGGAGGAGGAGGAGGGGAGAAAGGAGGAGUAGCAGAGGAGAGCAGCAAGGAUAAAGGCACCCAGCAGAGGAGGGCUGGAGCCAACGCCACAUGGAACAGCAUCCACGGUGCAGUGAUUUCAGUUUUCCAGAAGAAGGAGCUGGGGGAAAAUGAACUCUACACUCUGAAUGAAGGUGUCAGGCAGCUGCUGAAGACGGAGCUGGGCUCCUUCUUCACCGAGUACCUUCAAAACCAGCUGCUCACUAAGGGGAUGGUCAUACUGAGAGACAAGAUCCGCUUCUAUGAAGGUCAGAAGCUGCUGGACUCUCUGGCCGACACAUGGGACUUCUUCUUCUGUGAUGUUCUCUCCAUGCUGCAGGCAAUCUUCUACCCCGUACAGGGAAAGGAGCCGUCGGUGCGUCAGCUAGCUCUGCUCCACUUCAGAAACAUCAUCACCCUCAACCUCAAACUGGACGAAGCUCUGUCUCGACCCCGAGCCAGAGUCCCUCCGUCUAUCAUACAGAUGCUGCUCAUACUACAGGGAGUCCAUGAGUCUAAAGGUGUAACAGACGACUACCUUCGUCUGGAGUCUCUUAUUCAGAAGGUCGUCUCUCCGUACCUCGGGACUCAUGGCUUAUAUUCCAGAGAUGGAUCCUCUAACUUGCACUGCUCCUCCUGCCUUUUAGAAAAGCGUUUGCAGCGCUCCUGGCCUUCCAAAUCAGGCAGUUCCCCCUCUGCUAAGAACCCAGUGGUACGCUCCAAGAGUUACAACGUCCCCAUGCUGACCCCUGUGGUAGAGUAUGACGUCGACUCGUCCACAGGAAGCGGUGCAGGUAUCAGAAGACACUCUGUGUCAGAGAUGACUUCCUGUCUAGAGGAGGCCAGCUCUGUGGCUGAGUCCGCCACCACUGCUGACAAUAACACCAGCAACACAAGCAACACCAGCACAUCCAGCCUUGCAAACCACUCCCAAGCCUCAUCGUUCUCUGCUGCACUUUCAGACACUGCGACCUCCAAUCAGGACCCCCCUCCCAGGGACUCUGACAGUCCUGCAGCUCCCCUCCCCCUGCAGCCCCAGCAUCACUCCCCCUGCAUCCUCCCUGAACCGUCCCCAGCUGAGGACACUCACUGCACAGGCUCUCUGGUGUCAGACUCCCCCAUGUCUUCCAGGGUUCUGGCUCACGACACAAGCUCCGGUCCCAGUCCCGCCUCCAGCCCUGAGAUCAUAAUGGACCACACCCUGGAGUCUCUGGACUCUGAGCCCGAGCACGACGGCAUCUUUUUGGACUUCUCCCGACGCUGUUCUGUAGUCGACACACAGCAGAGACAGCAACAGGCAGAGCGUGGCGUGAUGCUUGGACACAUGGUUGUAGGGAGAAACGCAUAAUGCUGAGCCAUGAACCACAUUCCUGACACUCCUGCUGUUUGAUACAGACUCCAUCAUCAGCCAUCAAGGAUUCUUAUAAACGGAGUUAUUUUUAUAUAGACAAGUCUAACCUCAUUAUGAGUACUUAAAAAAACAAUUAGGGAUUUUGUAAACUCUUUGGAAACAUCAGCACUGACGUCUCUGGGAAUCUACAAUCAUAAAUCAUUUGACACAUGUGACAUUGGUCACAUGAUUUAAUCCCGUAGUAUUUUAAUGAAUCAAAACUUUUUGAGAAACACUGAGCCAGUUAUGACAAUGCACCAUGCAUUGUUUUGUACCUUGAAAAGACAAGGGCUAUGAUUAUCUUUGGUUGUCAAAAUCAAACUUUAACAUUUCAUUGUUUAUCACACCCUCCAGUUUGACCAGUCAUCUUUUUGUGUUGU